CACCGAUUAACAACACGAGCAACAUGACUUCAGCGUUGACGGAGAUAUGGCUGUGGCGAUGCCUCGUGCUCGCGGCAUUGCUCCUUUCCGAUGAAGUUGUGGCCGCGGUUAGCUCCCUGACAACUGCACCGCCUCCGAGCUCGGAAUGCCGCGUUGUGGUUGAAGCAGGUCCUGCCUCCAUAGUCUUCUUCGUGGUGACUCCAAGCGAAGGCGAUAUGAACGAUUUCGUCGUGUCCAGUCCCUUGCCAAUGAUCUCACGAGGCUUGCACACCUUGGCGCCAGAAGAUGCAUAUUCGCAUUUGAAGGAGGCCCUGCAUGAGCUCUCAGCACGCCACAUGGACGAGCGGCUUCGACCAGAGUGCCCUCUGUACAUCAUCGGCACAUCUGGAAUGAGAGAGCUUUCCGAAGCGCGCCAAUCAGACAUCUACGAUGCCAUCUUUGCGUCGUAUGCAGCUGACGCCUCCGUCAACAGCCUUCCCCCCCUCGAACGCUCUCACCUACGCACGCUAUCUGAAGACGAGCAAAACUACUUUUUGAUGGUGGCCGCCAACUUUCUCGACAAGCGUGUAGGGAAGGACAUGCAGCCCACGUCCGUCCAAGUGUACGGUGUUCUGGACCUGGAUCCGUCGAGCUUUCGCAUAAGCAUGGACAUCGAACAGCGGUGGCGCCACAGCGCUCGCAAAAAGUCGUACCGCCUGUCGCCAUUGCAGCAGUCGGAGUUUUUCGUCCACACGUUUGCCAACACUGGCACGUCGGCUAUCCAUGAUCAAGUCCAACACGCCGUGGAGGCCACGAAUCGAACGCAUAAUCCAUGUCUGUUUGCGGGCUCCCCUGCGCCAUUCGUUUCUCAGACGAGCGAGGGCUCGCCGACCGUCGUAGCUGGAGACGGACCUGCAUGCAUGGCGCUCAUCGAAUCGAUCGUGGCCACGGGAAACGAAAACUGCACCAAAGGCGAGCAUUGCGUGCUCCUUUCCUACGAGCAACCUCAUGCCACUGGCACGUUCUACGCUGUUCACGACUGGUUUCAGAUGGCCUCGCUGGCCAACACGGUGGUCGCAGCGACCCAUCCGUCCCUCCAGUUGGAUCUUCCCACUCCUUCUCGCUACGAACUGGAGAAGGCUGCAAACGCCGUUUGUGGCCUGUCGUUUCAAGUUGUGUCGACCGCAUUGCUCGAUCCUACCAAGCAUGACGAAGCCAGUUCUGCAGCAGCAAAGGCGUCGGCUCCUUGGACGUGCCUGAACCUGUGCUACAUUGCCGUCCUCCUCAAGCAACUGGGGCUAACCGAUGCCGAACGACGCAUACUCUACGUCCAGUCCAUCCACGACCGACCGGUGCAUUGGGUCUUCGGCGCCCACUUGAAAAUGGAAUCGGACCGCCGCGUGGUGUACGAAGCUGCGCUCGGCGAGUACUUGUCCAUGCAAGUCGAAAGGGGCCUCCCUGUGGGUUACAACUUGUCGUUGCUGGUGCUGGCGUUUGCGUUGCUGACGCUGUACCUCCUCGUGCACCGAGCAAGUGGCCGCGAUGGAACACACGCCCUCCUGUUUGUGCACGACACUACACAAUGAUGAUGCCGACCCACGACAGCACGUUGAGGCGGAUGCCAAAUCGACAUCGAUUCGACCGAGCCAUGGCCAGCUUAACAUUCGUGUGGGCAGCGUAGCCCUGGCGAGGUGCAUGGCCACGUGUAACAUCUUGAAAAGUCGCGAUCAAUCGAGAUGUUGGCGUCAUGGGCUCAGUGCGAAAUUCCAGGACAAAGUAGGCUACAGCCGAUGCAUUGGGGCAGGGGAUGCGGGCAGGCGAAAGGUAUGCUUCACAGCAA